AUGAGUGAGCAGGAGGUUCCUUGCUCAACUGUGAGAAUUAAAAAGUCUUCAGGGUUGAGGUACCAACUGAGACCUAAGGAGACUCAAAGGCCCAGGGAAGCCGGCUGCAGAGUGUGUUCAGUCCCCUGGCAGCUCACUGUGAUUGCUACUGGAAUCCUCCUUUCCCUUCGGCUGUUUGCUGUUGCAAUGUUGGUGACAAACAUUUUUCAGUAUAGUCAUGAAAAAUAUGACCUGCAGAAAACUCAAAACUAUCACCAAAACUGCAGCACCAUGGAAAAUGACAUCAACUUAAAGGAAGAAAUGGAGAGAAAUAUGCAUAUAGAGUAUACUUCCGGCAAUUCUCUUCUGGACUUACUCAACAGAGAACAGAACAGAUGGUACAAAAAAACUAAGACUCUUUUAUCUUCCCCUCAGCACACAGAAGUUCUUUCACCACCAGGUUAUUCCAGAGAGUUACUGGAUUGA